UCAUUCUUUCUUUCCCAUGUGUUCACGAUUUGUCUCCUCUUCAGACGAUCACGCCUUUCCAGAGAAAGCUCACUGUUUGGGCUGCCCUGAGGACAUCAAUGAGAACUCCGAGGACCUUAAAGUUCCUCUCUCUGUCUCUGUUUCCAAGUAUAACUCCAUUUCUGACUCCACUCACCUGUUUAACCUGCACUUUGUCGGCCACGCCACCAGACAGGUGGUAGCAGGUUUCAGGUUCAAAGUGAGUUUUGACAUGCGGAAGACAACCUGCGCCAAGACCGAACAUAAGGAACUCAAUGAACUGUGUCUCCCUGAUGAUGAGAAUGUGGUGUUUGCUCACUGUAACUCUACAGUGGAUGUAGCGCCGUGGAGACAUGAGCUUCCAGUGGCCAAUAUAAAGUGUGAACCAGGGGCACUGCCUCAGUUGAAUACCAGGCGUCGUCCUCCUGGCUGGUCUCCACUCAGGAACUUUAUCAGACCUACACCCUUACCAUCACAACCCUCUGCCGUGGAUCCAACCAAAAAAGAAUCAUCUGAGGAGGACGAAACAGGGACCAAAUCGCCUCCUGGUGUGGCCUCGGUUGCCGGCGCUGCAGAUGCUGCAAUAGACAGUCCCUUCCACUGCCCGUCCAAGCCUUGGAAACCUUUCCACCCAGUCCUUUCAGCUCUGCCUGUAGCUCCUGUGAAUGCUACUGUCAAGGUGGCUUCUCCACCGCCAUCAGGAGAUGGGGCCUUCAGUGAUAUAGACCUGGUGGGAUAA